AUGAAUCUGUCUGAUAUAUUUGAGAAAUUUGACAAGAACAAAGACGGUAAGAUCUUAUGUGAAGAGUUUCGUGAUGCUGUUCAUGCUCUCUCUCCGACCAUUCCCUCAGAUAAACUCGUCGAGAUGUUCAACCAGCUUGACACGAACGGUGAUGGCCAGGUCGAUGCGGCUGAGUUUGCUUCGUGCAUGGACCAAACCGCUGGGUCUAGUAACGGUGACUUGGAAAAGGAGAUGAAGGAGUUGUUUAAAUUAUGUGAUAUUGAUUGUCAUGGGUAAAUAACAGCGAAUGAGUUAUAUGUGGUGAUGACUGGGCUUGGGGAGAAGUGUACGGUCGAGAGCUGCGUGGAGAUGGUUCAAGCCAUUGAUGCCGAUGGUAAUGGUUAUAUUAGCUUUGAGGAGUUUAAGACUUUGUAUUCAAUUCUAAGGACUUGA